GCCGUUUGCUGCACUCAGCUUCCACAUUGUAUAUGUUGGGUCUAAUCAAUGUGACAUUUGGCAGUGAAGCAGUUAAAGGAGAAGGUGUCAGCCUCUUGGUUUCCCAGGUGACAUUCGCAGCACGAUCAACAGCAACCGAUCCUCCAGGAGAGCGUGAGGAAGAGGAAGGAAAACCUGACGGCAGAAGGGGGACCUGGAGUUUGCAAACCAUGUUGAGAUGAGGACUGAAUGGAAGACACAUCACAAACCAGGACAAGAAGGAAGCGUAGGAUCGGCCACCUGACAGCCCGCUGGAAGAAGCAUCGUUGGAUGUGAGAAUGCUGGAAGCGGUGAACGACUUUAAGGACCAGAGCUUCGACAAGCUGAGGCGCUCCUGCCUCCGUCGAGGGGCUCUCUUCAAAGACCCUCUGUUCCCCGCCACAAACCAAUCCCUCUUCUACAAGAGGGCGCCCCCACCUGGACUGACCUGGAAGAGGCCGCGGGAAAUUUGCAGGGACCCUCGUUUGUUUGUGGAUGGUAUCAGCACUCGCGACUUGCACCAAGGCAGUCUGGGUAACUGCUGGAUGGUGGCAGCCAUUUCCUGCUUGGCAUCCGAGCCUUCACUGUGGAAGAAGGUCAUUCCCAACCACAUGGAUCAGGAGUGGAACCCAAAACGUUCAGACUUGUACGCAGGGAUCUUCCAUUUCAGAUUCUGGCGCUUCGGACAUUGGGUCGAUGUCGUGGUGGACGACCGUUUGCCGGUCAGUCAAGAUGGAGUCCUGCUCUUCUGCCGCUCAGCAACGCCAAGAGAGUUUUGGAGCGCCUUGUUGGAGAAGGCCUACGCCAAACUAAACGGCUGCUACGAGGCUUUGGAGGGAGGAAACACCACGGAGGCCCUCAUCGACUUCACUGGAGGGGUUUCGGAGCCUCUCAGCCUGGACUGUGAGGCCCUCAGCCUGAGCAGCGAGCGGAGGAGGGCACUCUUCCAGACAUUAGCUCAGGUCCAUGAGCACAAAUCCCUCAUCACGUGCUCCAUUCGGCCAGCUGAGGGGGAGACGGUGGAGUCGGUGUUGGACUGCGGGCUCGUACGAGGACACGCCUAUGGCAUCACAGCGGUGAGGAAGGUGAGGCUGACGGAGAAUCAGCUGAAGGCAGGCGGGACGUCCCAACUCUUUAUGGUGCGCAUGAGGAACCCGUGGGGGACCACGGACUGGAAAGGAGCCUGGAGUCAGGGGUCAGAGCAGUGGCAGCAGCUGAGCCGAGCAGAGCGGGAGAAGAUGGGGAUUGUUGUUCGUGAUGUUGGAGAGUUCUGGAUGGACUUCCAGGAUUUCUGCUGCUACUUCACAGACGUGGUGGUGUGCCGGCUGGUGCAGAGGAGGCUGCUGUGGCCGAGCUCACACUGGAGAGAGACGCAGAGCUACGGGGAGUGGGCUCCAUCUCCGGAUGCCCCCGGCACGGCGCCUCUUUCUGCAGGGAAGCGCAGCGGCUCCCCUCAGGCCCUGAGCAACACCCGACCUGAAGGGGAGAAGGUCAGGCAGAGCAGUCAGGAAGGAACGAAAAGGGGAGCGGUCGACGAGGAGAUGGACAGGAGGAGUCGCUGUGGGGGCUGCAUCAACCACAGGGACAGCUUUCUGCACAAUCCACAGUUCAUGUUUGAGGUGCAAAGCACAGAGGAGGAGGUGCUGAUCUGUCUGCAGCAGGAAGAUAGGAGGGUCUUGAAGAAAAACGGAGGAGGGGACAACCUGCCGAUAGGCUUCGAGGUGCUGAAGGUGGAGGCGAACCGCUGCAGCCGAGUGCAGCUGGUGGUGGAGCAGGCGGCCAGCUCCAUCUACAUGGACUCCCGCAGCGUGACCCUGAGGGGGACUUUGGCUUCGGGUCGAUACGUGGUGCUGCCCACCACCUUCCUGCCGGGCGACACCGGACGCUUCCUGCUGAGGCUUUUCUCACACUCAAACGUCCAACUCAGGGAACUAAAGGAAGAACUGCCAUCUCCGUCUCUGUUCCAGUGUUUGCUACCUCAGCCAGCCGUGGUGACCACAGUCCAUCUGCACAGGGCAUCUGGACUCAAACCUCCCAAACAAACAGCUCCAGGUGUGUACGCGGUGGUGCGGUGCGAGGGCGACGCCGUCAGGACGCGAGUGUUCAAGGCCGAGGACGGAAACCCCGAGUUCAACCUCCGAGCCAUCUUCUACAGGAGAUACCCCGACAACCACAUCUCUGUCGAGCUGUGGAGCACAGGCCUGCUGUGGGACUCCCCCCUCGGAGCGGCUCGACUCCAGACGACCCAAUCUGAGCGGAGCCGGAGCCUCGUGAUGGAUCUGCGAGGGGGACGGUCGCGCUCGGGGUCCAGAGGCUGCAUCCACCUGGAGACGUCCACCAGCGUCUGCCUGACGGAUUUGUGACAUCUGCCUGGUUGCCACGGUAUCACCAAGAUCACUUUGGAGCAAAUAUAGACAAGGGACAGGGAACAUAGCAAACCCUUUUUCUGUGUUCAGGGUUUUGUUUGGCUGCUAUUAUUUUUAUUUUAUUUUUUUUAAUGCAACAAUUAUUUCUGUUUCCUAUAUAUAUUAUGGUUUAUUCCGUUUUAUACAAUAAAUAAUAAGACACCAGGAGCUUCUUUUAUUUAAUUUAAAGUCAAAUAUUCAUAUUUUUUUUAAAUAAAUCUUAAUGGAUGUUCCUUCAAAAUGUGAUGUUCUCU